AUGUUCCCUUUAAUCGAGGACGAAGGCCGCACUGAGUACCCCUUCCCCCCUGUGCCGUCGACCGCUAUGGAUGCCGUUGAGCCGUCUUCAUCAUCCAGCGAUACGCUUCCCUCGGCGCCGUCGAGGAUAGGCUCGCGAAGCUCACGAUCGUCACCUGCGCCACCUCACGCCCCACGCGACCGAGACUAUGCCUACGACCGAGAGCACUCCUGGGGGGGCACGGGCGGGAAGGCAAAGCUGCUCGCGCGGCUGAUGACGCGUUCGGAACGCGACGCGAACCAUUACCGGUCGAUGCUCAUGCUCGCGAAUGAGCGGCUGGAGCACGAGACGCGGCGUGCGGACGACGCGGAGCAGCGCGCCAUUGACACGCUACAGCGCCUCCGGCAGACGCGUGAGCAGGCCGCGCAGGCGCAGGCGGAUACCGCGCGCGCGAACGAGGAGACGAGGCUGUGGAAGCUGCGCCUGGAAGAGGCGCAGAGGGAGAUCCUGCGCGCGCAGGAGAUCGUGGACAGGCUGGAGCAGGACAAGCUGGAUGCGGAGGCUGAGGCGGCGCGGGCGAGGACGGUUGCGAGGAGACUGAGGGAAGAGAAGGUGAUUUCCAGAGCCAGGGAAGAGGGACACCGCCAGGGCUUCCAAGAGGGCCUCAGCAAGGGGAGGGAGAUGACCUACUACGAGGCCCGAGCAGCCGGCAUUGCGUCUCGGAACGAGCCUAGGAGAUAUAUACAACGCCCGGCGGUCGUCGACGACAUGUCCGACGAAGAGGAGCAGGAGGAAAACGCCACGGGAAGCGGGAGUCAGCCGGAAGAGAUCAUCCCCAUCACACGUUCACCUCCGCCCCAGUCAUGGCGACCGCCUUCUCGCUCGGCGGAGACCAGGUCGAGCAUGCGCAGCCCGCCCAGGGAACCUACCAGCCCCAUCAGAGUGAGGAGCCCACGCAUAGCGGCGCCUUCUCCCAUCCAUCCCAAUGUACCACCACCUGCUACGACACCUAACCCAAUACCCGUACCGGAUCCUAGCGCAGGUCGCUCGCAAUCCCGUCAUGACGAUACCGUCCACCCUAUUUCUGUUCACAACGCUGUGCCUUCGCCUUCGCACCCACCCGUCGAAAUACCUCCGGACAACUGGAUUCCGUACAUGAGCAGUGACAACGUGAUAGGACUGCCGCCACCCCAUGAGCUGACGAAACCCUUGUCGCCUCGUGCUUCCUCUCCCUCCUUGAUUGACACCACCAUGCGCGUGCCCGCAUCGAGCACGGCGGUCUACGAGCAGCCCGUUCGCUCGCGGGACUAUGCAUACAUAGCCGGCGCGGGCCCGUCACAACCUCACGGGUCAGCCUUCUCACCUCUUUCGAAGGCCUCUACCGCGAUCUCUCAAUAUGAAAUUGUCAGCUCGCGCGGGGAACGGGAAAGGUCGAUGAGCCACGGUCGAUCUCGCUCAGACGUCUUGGCUGGGUUGAGGGAAAUGAUUGGUUCGCCGAGCGGGCGCUCGAAGACUCCAUCGAGGCAGACACGAGAGGACUCCCCGAGAGGACCCCGUCCGAAGGAAGAGCCGUUCACCGAAGUACCUGACCUUGCACGCUCUCAGAUUCCGGCUCGUUCACGAACACCGGCUCGAUCGAAGACACCGGCACGGCCUGAAACUCCAGGGCGAGUGGAUACCUCCGGAGGCAAACCGAGCGCCUUGGACAGGCUGUUCAAGAAGAAGUGGAGGAACCGGACAUCCACCAGCAGUGGUGUACCAGACAUCCAAGUGGAGUCUCCGUCUACGAACGACGUGUCACCAGCAACUUCCGCGGGUACCAUUUCACAACCUCACAUGCUGAGUCCUGAGACUUCCCACACCGACCUACCAAGCCUGGAAGUCGUGCACAACUACAUUGACCCAGCACUGAUGGAGAGUAAGGAUAAACGAGGUCUGCCGUCCUUGCCCGGGGCCGACUUUGCUGCUCCAGGGGACGUGCCUGUGAUGCAAGAGGGGCAGCUACCGCCUGGCUUCGUGGCCUUCACAUCAUCCAUACCUCAGCCAGGUUUUCCAAGCAGGUCGAACACCCCAUACGCACCCAUGUAUUCGGACGCAGAUCCGAGCACAUCGUCAAGGACCGACUCCACCCGAUCGAGGACAACCAGUAGUUCCCGCAGAUCAGCGGGAACGGCAAAGCCUGCCACACCCAAGCCUCGUUCUGGACCGGCGUACGAGGAGGCACCGCUUCCGCCUGGUAUGUUCUACCCCGCCCCGCCUGGAAGAGGCCCGACACCGGGCGUUGCAGCGGGCGUGCCCCUCCCGCCGUCGCCCCCGCGCUCGGCGACCCCAAGAGCAAGAAGAGGGAGUAUCUCGUCGGCUCUGUCACCACUUGCAAUCCCACAACUGCUCUCAGACUUACGGACGCCUUUAUGA